GAAAAAGCUCAUCUUCUCUGCCACACUUCUUUGGUGACUCUUUGAGCAGCCAGCCUGCACUGCCAUCCACGCUCCAGCACUUCACCAAGCACAGGGAAAGGGAUCAAGAGGGAUCAAACAGACUGGCGAUGGAGCUGCUGGCCGUGCUGGGCUGUGCCCUGUGGGUGCUGCUGCCGGGGGUCCUGCCUGAGGAGUGUCCAUCCCCCUGUGGCUGCACAUCCCUGGGGGAGGCGCGGGGGACACGCGUGGACUGUGGCUCGCGGGGGCUGCGCUCGCUGCCCGCCCUGCCCCGCCUCGCCCGCAGCCUGCACCUGCACAACAACAGCCUGGCCUCCAUCCCCGCCGGGGCCCUGGACAGCCUGGGCCGCCUGCAGGAGCUGGAGCUCUGGGACAACCCCUGGCACUGCGACUGCCACAUCCUGUACCUCAAGCUGUGGCUGGAGGAUUUCUCCGCGCCCGCGCUCGCCCGGCUCAGGUGCGCCAGUCCCGCUCACCUGAGGAUGAAGCCCCUGAGGCAGCUGACGGGGAAUGAGCUGGGGGGUUGUAUGACGCUUCUCCCAACCAAGUGUCUUCAGUUCUUCUGGCGAGACCUCGUUUUAAUUGCUGGAGUGAUAAUUACUCUUAUUUUAGUAGCAUUGGCUCUGAAAUUCUCCAAGAAGCUGGUCUGCCAGCUCACCCUCGGGGGCCGGCGGCUGAGGAGGCACAUCUCCAAAACGCACAAGACGCAGUGAGCUGUUCCCUGCCACCAGCCUGACAGGAACAUCAAACUCCUCUGCAACGAAAAAGCAACUGCACUGGUAACACUGGUUUGAAUAAUCAACGCUGCAAAGGCUCAAAGUCCAGGUCUCAAAGCAAAAUUGUGUCUCCACAUAUGUGUGGUCAUUUGGAUCCCCUGAGCAGGAACACUCCUCAUUUCUCUAGCUUUAUUCUACAUUAAUAACAUCUGCAGGAGAAAAUUUCAAAUUAACAGGUAGGAAUGUAGUGGUGUAAACAUGGAGAUAAUUUUAGAGUAUUUCCUCUGCACUGAGCUUUUCAAUUUUUUAAAGGACAACCACCGUUCUGUAUGAAUGCAGAAUAUUGCAGAAGAAAUGCACCCUGCCAUCUCUCAUGGAAUUUCCUAAAUGAUAUUUCUUGUUUCCCCAAAAUGAAAUAAAUCAUUAACACUAAAAGCUUAUCACUCUCUUCUGUGCCUACAAACUAGAUAUGCAUAGAACAGUAACCUGCUUUACUGCAUGGCUUCAAUGGUACAGAUAUUUUUAAAAUGAGCAAUCAGCAAACAUUUCUGCUUACACCAACCAGCACAUUAAAUAAGAUGCACAG